UGCAAAUUAAUCCAAAACAGCAGUCAUUGAAGCUGCUAAUUAUACCGAUGUUAGGACGGUGACUUGCUGACAUCACUGACGCUCAUUAGCAUUCAGGGGGUUGUGCGGACUGGAAGGGCUAUCGCCGCCACUCAAUACCCUACUCAUUACCCGGAGCAGAAAGCUUCGUACUUCUUUUCAAUUGCUUUGAGCUACGCGGACCUUGGAGACCAAGUUAAAUAUACACCGGCUUCUCUUCCUACAUGGUUCAUUUGAUAAAACCUUGCUUAAACCGAAUUCUCUGCAGGAUAUUCAUCUGGACUAGCCGAUUUGUCAGCGAAUAAGAUGGGGAGCCUUUUGCCGUGAAAGUACGAAACAGAAACAAAGACCAAUUUAUUAAGGGGAACAUUCGUAUCUGAACAAUCUGCAAGGUCGUCGUUUGACGUCGAGUGAAAAGUUGGGGGUCGCUGUUCGGCUUUUAGAGUUGUUUCCAAGAAUCUGGGAGCUUGGUGUUUGUUUUGCAAAGGGGUUUCACAAAGGCUCGCGGCUCAGAAGGCAGAGGAACAGCUUUGCGGUGUCACAGAGACCGAGGAGUGCGAGUGGGAUGAUUCGUGGCACAGCGGUGGCGCUUAAGCGGUGUGAAAAGCCUGGUAAUGAGGAUCGCAUUUUAAAAAAUUACAUCGCGGGGAGCGGGGACGAAUACUCCUUUUAUCGAAGCUUGUGAAAGGAAGAUCUGUCUGCACUGUAAGUGUCGGCGUGAGGAGCAUGUGGUGGCCGUAAUGCCUCUGGAGAUGGAGAAGACGGUCACCAAGCUGAUGUACGACUUCCAGAGGAACUCCACCUCCGACGACGACUCGGGGUGCGCCCUGGAGGAGUACGCCUGGGUCCCCCCCGGGCUCAAACCGGAACAGGUUCACCAGUACUACAGCUCCCUCCCGGAGGACAAAGUGCCGUAUGUGAACAGCCCUGGAGAGAAGCACCGGAUCAAGCAGCUGCUUCACCAGUUACCUCCGCACGACAACGAGGUCCGCUACUGCAACUCCCUGGACGAUGAAGAAAAGAGGGAGCUCAAGCUUUUCAGCGGCCAGAGGAAGAGAGAGAAUCUGGGUCGGGGGAACGUGAGACCGUUUCCUGUGACAAUGACCGGAGCCAUCUGUGAGCAGUGUGGCGGUCAGAUAAACGGGGGAGACAUCGCUGUGUUCGCCUCGCGGGCGGGUCACGGGGUCUGCUGGCACCCCCACUGCUUCGUGUGCAGCAUGUGUGACGAGCUGCUGGUGGACCUCAUCUACUUCUACCAGGAUGGCAAGAUCUACUGCGGCCGCCACCACGCCGAGCGGCUCAAGCCCCGCUGCUCUGCCUGCGACGAGAUCAUCUUCGCGGACGAGUGCACGGAGGCGGAGGGGCGGCACUGGCACAUGAAGCACUUCUGCUGCUUCGAGUGCGAGACGGUCCUGGGCGGCCAGCGCUACAUCAUGAAGGAGGGCCGGCCCUACUGCUGCGGCUGCUUCCAGUCCCUGUACGCGGAGUACUGCGACUCGUGCGGGGAGCACAUCGGUAUAGACCAGGGUCAGAUGACGUACGACGGGCAGCACUGGCACGCCACCGAGUCGUGUUUCUGCUGCGCGCGCUGCAAGAAGUCUCUGCUGGGCCGGCCCUUCCUGCCCAAGCAGGGCCAGAUCUUCUGCUCGCGGUCCUGCAGCGCGGGAGAGGACCCCGACGGCUCUGACUCCUCCGAUUCGGCCUUCCAGAGCGCCCGGUCCCGCCAGUCCCGCCGCACCGCCAAGGUGGGCCAGAACGGCGCGCAGCCCGAGCCCUGCCAGUCCGCCCCGGCCCCGCCCGCCCCGGGCCGCUUCUCCGCCGACAUCGACCCGCUGUCCCUGCAGAUGGACCUGCUGAGCCUGUCCAGCCAGGCCCCGAGUCUCAACCGAGAGCCCCAGGCCUGGAGGAGCCAGGGCGAGCUGUACGCCUACGAGGGCCGGAACCAGGCCACGCCCAGCCCGCUGCAGCUCCUCAGCCAGUGCAACGUCAGGACCUCCUACAGCCCCGCCCAGGCCCCCGGGAACCCGGCCUGCCCAGACCCCAGGGCCAAGGAGCCCGGCGGGGGGAAGAGGCCCCCCAUCUCCGCCAUGAAGGGACAGUCCCUGAACGACGGCUGGUUCCACCAGGGCGCGGAGGAGUACUUCCCUCCCAAGCUGAAGACGCAGGGGAGCUUCGACGCGGAGGCGGCCCAGAACGGCUUCGCCGACAAGCGCUCGGUCAGCCUGCACGUGUUCCAGAGGGACGCGCGCGACAUGCCGCCGCAGCUGGGCCGCAGCAGGAACCCCAUCAGCGCGCUCAGCUUCAGCGAGCAGCUCACCCCCCUGGAGCAGACGCCCCGCGGGUCCAUGGAGUCCCUCGCCCUGUCCAACGCCACAGGAACAUCGGCGGAUGGCGGCACCAAACGGCAGGAGCACUUGUCCCGGUUUUCCAUGCCGGAUCUGAGCAAGGACUCUGGGAUGAACGUGUCGGAGAAGAGCAACAUGGGAACGCUGAACUCGUCGAUGCAGUUCCGGAGCUCAGAGUCCCUGCGGAGCCUGACCUCGGCUCAGCCGUACGGGGAUCUGGAGCCGACGGGGCCCCUGAAGUACCCUUUGCAGUACCGCCAGUCCCCUGCCAUGGCCCGUCUCCAGCAGGGCUUCUCCUACCCGCAGGAGGACCGCCACAGCCUGGCGGGAGGGGCCCCUAACGCGCGGCUGGCCCCCCUGAGCGAGGGGCCCCGCAGACGGGCCGGGGGCCUGGAGGAGCCCCGCCGGAGACACCACCACCACCACCGCUCCCGGCGUUCCCGACGUUCCCGCUCGGAAAACGCGCUGCACCUGGCGGCCGAGCGACAGCCCCAGGAGCGGCCCCGCCCGCACGCCCGCGAGGACUACGACCGCUUCCCCCCGCCCCGGGGCCCCAGGGACCGCUUCCGGCAGGACCCCUACCGGCCCUGCCCGCGGACCACCUCCGACCUCACCCUGCAGAACCCCGGGGCCCACCGCCCGGGGCCCUACGCCUGGGACGAGUACGAGGACGAGGACCGCUGCUCCACCUGCUCCUCGUCCUCCGAGUCGGACGACGAGGGCUACUUCCUGGGCGAGCCCAUCCCCCGCCCGGUGCAGCUGCGCUACCUGACCAGCCAGGAGCUCCUGCACAAGUACAGCUCCACCGGCCUGAGCGGGCAGCUACACACACGCAAACGCAGGAAGAGCAAGAACUGCAUCAUCUCAUAACACAGCGCCGUCCCUGUGAACACGUCUGCGGGAGAGCCCCCCCAGCCCCGAGAGCUGCAGGGUAUGCCGUUUCUCUUUCAUUGUUACUCAGCACUUAAUGCAGCCGUCAAGGCAACUGGUAAAUAAGUUUGUCUGCUUUCUUCAGGCAGAAAUAGUUGCUGAUUUUCUGGUAUAAAAUAGAAACCUGCAAACCCUGGCUCUCCGGGGCUGGUGUCGGCCGUGCCUAAUUUAUACUCUGCAAUUAAAGCCACAACUCUUGAAUUGCUUUUAGUAACGUAAGGAUUUUACCCGUGAGCAAUAUACUGUAAGGUAACCCAUUGACAGCACAAAAUGUUGCAUGUUUUUUUCCCCCUGUUAACCGUUUCAGUUUUAACCUGAGCCUAUUUCCAUAAGCUCAUGUCUUGCACUCCACCCAACUGCCAACAUCCUAAUCAGCGCCGUUGUACAAUCACGAUAUUUGUUACCCUCUCAAGCUCAGUAAAGUUCAGUAUAGUUCUGCUCUUUUUGCGAUGUGGGUUUUAGUACUUAACCAGUACUUUAGUACUUUAAUUCGGUUCUAUAAAAUGUAUAUAAAUAAGUUCACUAAGUUAAGGAUGUAACGGUGUAAAUAUUAUGUAAAUGAGGUCCCACAUAUUUUUAUAUUUUGUAUCGAUAGAAUCAUUCAUGUAUUAUAAAAUGUAGAAAUAGGAACGCAUGCCCGUUUAUUUGCUGAUCUUGUCUUGCGUUGUAAUUAAAGAGUAUUUCAAUGAACAA